AAACCACAACAAAUAUCUUUGCUUAUCAUGGCAGACGUGGAGUUUCACGACGAGGUUGUCGAUGUGCCACUUGAAGGAGAAAUUGAAGUUCCUGGCAUAGCUAAAUCAGAUGAUGAGCUAUCUACAUUAGAUGAACCUGUCAAGGAGACAAUUCUGAGAGAUGUUAAGGCAGUUGGUUAUAAAUUUGCACAUGUUUUGGUACCCAAAAGAAGCAGAGUUUUACUAAAAGAAUGGGAUCUCUGGGGGCCACUUGUUUUGUGCACUUUCUUAGCCAUUAUGCUGCAAGGAUCAACAGACGAGCUGAACAUGAUGGGAGAAAAUGAUGGAGGGCCUCAGUUUGCUGAAGUGUUUGUUAUCUAUUGGCUUGGGGCCAGUGUUGUUACACUUAACAUUAAAUUACUUGGAGGAAACAUCUCAUUUUUCCAAAGCAUCUGUGUAUUAGGCUAUUGUGUCUGCCCUCUUGCCAUUUCCCUUAUUGUGUGCCGCAUUCUACUGAGCAUUAGCAGUGCUUCUAUAGCCAUGUUUAUAGUAAGAUUCAUCAGUGUUGUGCUAGGCUUUGGCUGGUCUACAUUUGCAUCCACUGCAUUUCUUGCUGAGAGUCAGCCAGCUGGAAGGAAAAUUUUAGCCAUGUAUCCAUUGUGUUUAUUCUAUUUUGUCAUAAGUUGGUUAAUCAUCUCACAUACACAUUCCUGAUUUUCUUUUUUUAUUUGACUUUUUAUACUGAUAUUUGAAAUAACCAUGACCAAUUUUGUUUUGAAAAAAAGAUUAUUUAGAAAUCCCAGAUUCUCUCCCCUUUUCCACACUUACCAAAAAUUACAAUUUUUUAAAAUUCAAAAUAAGUGAAAUUGAAAAUUCAACUAAGCUAUUUAAAAAAAUGUUUUGUGACAAUUGUGUAUAUGGUAUAAUUGGGGUAAAACACACUUACACAAGGUAUUUAUUAAUAUGAUGGUUUUCUUUUCAUCCAAUUUUCCACUAAUGUAUUAUCAAAGUUUAUAAAUAUUGUUGUCUAAUUUGUAAAAUCAUCAGUGAGGCUUGUAGCACUCAUUGGAUAUUUUAAAUUGAUAUACAUUUUUCAAGAUGUCUAUAAUGAAAUGUACAUCUUUUAUUUAUUAAUACAGUUUCUUAAGGUUAUGUAAGAUAAGCAUAAUACUUAUUUUAUUGUGCUUUUUUAUUUGUGAUUGUCUUUAAUUUUAACAUUAAUAACAUUUAAUUAAUCACUUUUUAAAAACCCAGUUACUAUAUGAAAGAUGUUUUUUUAAAAAAACAACUAUAGUCGUUUUUUUGUUUAUAGACACCUUAUGAUUGUUAAAACGUACAUAAAUGAUGUCACAUGGUUUGUCUCUCUUUGCUCCAAACUUCUUAAUGUUGGACCCAUACACUAAAAUAAUGAAACAAAUUUUGGCCCACUUAAUAUUCAAGUAUUCUACAAAAAAUUAGGUGGUGUUUUUUUUUUUUAAGUAAAAUAAAAUUGAUGCCAAGUAACAUUUUUUUUUUAAACUAUUUACCCAAGUCAAGUACGUCAGUUGAUGAUACAUAUGAUAUCUAGUAAUAUUAGUUUCUUUUUACAGUAACCUACUCAAUACUUUAUCAUUUUGUUAUAUACCAAAACUUUUCUAGAUUGUUUUGCCUUAGUUUUCCUCAAGUCUUGCCAGAUUGUUCUUUUAAAAAGGAAAAAAAGAUAUUUUUAUUAUCUGUCUGAUCUUCAAAAAUAUGCAUAGGCCAUCUACGUUUUAUUUAGCUUGUUUUAAUUGUUUAUGUGACUAGUAUUAAAACUAUAUAAAUGUCACCGUCUUUUGUUUAAAAAAUAUUGUUUUGUUUUAUACAGUUAAAUUGCUUAUCACUCCACAUAUUGAACAAGACUAGCAUGUUGUAUUUUGUCUGAUGCUUUAUUUACCAUUGUGUUAAUCUUUUAUUAUUUCAUAACUAAGCCAUUAUUUGUGUUAACAUUUAUAAAAUUGCAAUAAUGAAUAAAUGCCAAACUUUUAUUAUGUAAAUUUAAGGCCACCUGUUUGGUCUGUGAUAUGAUCGGAGUUGUGUGCCUUUAAAAUUCAACGCUGAAUUUUUUUGAAAUGCAUUUAACUACAGUGGUCAAGUGGUUACUUUUGGAUCCAAAAUAAAAUUGUUGGAAUAUU